UUCCAGAAUGGUUUAAAAAUAAAAAAAAAAUAUUCCAGAAUGGUUUAAAAAUAACAAAAAUAUUCCAGAAUGGUUUAAAAAUCAAAAAAAAAUAUUCCAGAAUGUUUUAAAAAUAAAAAAGAUAUUCCAGAAUGGUUUAAAAAAUCUAAACAAUACUCCAAAACGGUUUAAAAUAAUAAAACAUAUUCAAUAUUUUUUUUUAAAAUAAUCAAGAAAUAUUCCAAAAAUGGUUUAAAAAUAGUCAAAAAAAUUUCCAAAAUUAUUUAAAAGCAGUUCUGAAGUGAUCUAAAAUAGUCGAGAAUAGUUGAAAAUUCGACAUAAAAAACCUGGAACUUAUUCAGAGAAGAAGAUGUACAUAAUAACACAAGACAAAAUAACGGAGGAAAGGAAGCGCCUCAGAAGGGCCACAGAAGGGAAACAGGGUGGACACAGAAUGGCCACAGGGUGGUUACAGAAGGGCCACAAGGUGACCACAGAAGGGCCCCAGGAUGGUCAAAGAAGGGCCAGAGGAGGAUCAUAGGAGGGCCACAGGAGGGCCACAGGAGGGCCACAGGAGGACCACAGGAGGACCACAGGAGGGCCACAGGAGGGCCACAGGAGGACCAUAGGAGGACCACAGGAGGACCAUAGGAGGGCCACAGGAGGACCACAGGAGGGCCACUGCAGUACCACAGGAGGACCACAGGAAGACCACAGGAGGACCACGGGAGGACCACAGGAGGGCCACAGGAGGACCACAGGAGGGCCACAGGAGUGAGUCGCGCAGGGUUGGUAGCGCCACUAGUGUUGAGUUGGAGGUGUGAGUGUGAGGGUGUAGGUAGAGAGCUACUGAACAGUCUCUCUCUCUCUCAUCGUGCACGCACAGGUGUGUGCUUGUGCACCCGCGGGGCUUAUUGCAAGUGUCUGACGAACGCGUCAUCCGAAGGGCUUCAAACUCUCAGCGGUGGUGUACUAUAACCAGGACAACCUUCAUGCAAGUACUGGCAUGUGCAGAUGCCAUCUCUCGCCACUUUUAUAUAGACCAUUCCAAGCUUCUGGCAAUCGUUGGAAAACUCCAGAACGACUCUUCCGAUCGGCAUUAAACUUUCAGCUCUUGUGUAUCUUACAAGAAGGAUGUGUGGGCUGACUCAGGGCAUCCUGCAGGCGACGCUGCUGGGUCCUUUCUGCAUCCUGAUCCUCUUCCUCGUAUCACCAGGUAACAGUCUUCGCUGCAUCAACUGCACCAGUCUGAGAGAUGCCAGGUGUCUGGACGGUGUUGGCAGUGAACAGGAGUGUGCUGACACUGAGAACUACUGCGUCUCCUACACUGGCUAUCUCAAGAAGGGCCAGGCGCAAGUGUUGUUCCGGGCGUGUACGGAGACCAACAUGUCUCAUUUCUGUGGUGUACACUUCGAAAAUCUCACCCACAACCGGGUGGAGCGUCUGAUAGCUUGCUACCGCACCUGUAACACCGACCUGUGUAACACCCACCAUAUGGAAUACAUCAACCAGUCCACCACCGCUGUCUUCCACUCCCUGCCACUGGCCGCCACUGCCCUCCUAGCUGCCGUCUCCACUCUUGCUUUUAGACUCUGUCUCGAUACAUGAUUGACCGACCCGCUGGCUCUGUCAGUACAGCUCUUUAACUCCAUGUUAAAGAUGGAAUUCUUUACCAUAUAAAUUCAAGUAAUGUUUAUAUAUGUGUAUAUGUGUUAAUUUAUUGAUUGGAAAUGAAUGGUAUGCAGGUAAAUCGUAGAGAGAGUAAAUCAAGCUUGAGGCCUUUCGGUUCUUACAAAGGACCUUCGUCAGAAGCUCGCAGUUCAGAUAUUCAGGUUUAAAUAGAGAAUGCGUGCUUUCAGGAGCAUCACGGGUCGAGAAUGAGAAAAGGUUUUGACACCAGGGUGCCAUACUGAGCACCCACGGGUGGCCAGACAGUGUAAGGGAAGGGAAA